AUUCCUUCCUUUUCUUGUACAUGCAUCAGAUGUUAGUUCUAUAAACUUAAUGAGGAAAAGAUAGGUUGAUGUAACAAAGUGUAUUGCUUAGAAAAAACGCAAUAUAAAUGCAGAUGGGGAAAGAGCUACCACCGGUGUCCAGUGUAAAGGAAAAAUACAUAAUUUGAAUGACACAAAGUUGUUGCUGUGAUAUGUGACAAAGUGCCUUUGUGCCACAGUUUUCUAAUGAUGAUGUGAUUUAUGAUUCAAAAGGCCUGAACCAAUAUGGAUGUUAUACCUUGCAUCAGAAGUAUAGCACCAACACCUUAUUAGCUCUCUGCUGAGCCCAAAGUGUCACUGAGCCCAACUCUCCCUGAUGCAGUGUGUGGUUUGAGAUAAAUGAUAUAACAAUAAACUGAAGGUGGUUGAGUCUCAAGCAGUAGGGAGGCGGAAGCAAGCCAAGGGAGCGUCUCUUUCUGCAGGAGACUCGGGCGCUCCAUACCCACUGAUCCCGCGGGACACACUGAAGACACCGGGACUGUACUUGCAGUUUUGGGUUUUGAUGCACUCUGUUUUGUGGAUAUCUGUUCAUCUCUCAAAGAAUAGACUGUGGGGAGGCCGAGAACAACAGGACAGGAAGACUAGUUAUUUAUGAUCAAGAUUAUUGACAGUAAUGGUGAUGGGUGGGAUAGUUAAAUAUUUAUUAGAUUAUAUUUUAUGAAGGUUAAGUCAGCCUUGAUGCAUGCACUGGGUGUCCUUUACAUGGAUGAUGUAGCACUUAUGUCUCCCCUCAGCUAUUCUCAGUUUCGGGUUUCAAUUACCUAAUUAAUGGGGUGGAGAUAAGGAAUCACAGCCUCAAGUCAACAAAAGUUUGUUAGGUUGCAAUGACUGUCUGCUUUGGGGCCCAGUGGUCAUAUACUGUAGCUAUUGUCUUUUGUUAUGAAGGUGGCUGCCAUUAUUUAGCAGGCAGGUGUAGCUUAGUGAGGAAACAAAGGGGAAGGCAGUCGUCUGAGCGAGGACCCCCCCCCCCCCCCCCCCCUUCUCGCUCUCGCGAGUUCUCCCUCCAUGUUAAAUUGGUGUGUUUUUCUCUCCCCCUUGGUGUGUGUUGCAGCACCCGGACAGUAAGAUGAUGCAGAUCAACCUGACGGGCUUCCUGAAUGGGAAGAAUGCCAGAGAGUUUAUGAGGGACCUGUGGCCUCUGCUGCUCAGUGCCCAGGACAACAUUGCCGGUAUCCCCUCCGCCUUCCUGGAACAGAAGAAAGAGGAGAUCAAACAGAGACAGAUUGAGCAGGAGAAGCUUGCCUCUCUGAAGAAGAUUGAUGAGAAGAAGGAAAACAAAGAUAACAGGGAAAGGGAGAGCCCCAGAAGGAGGAAGUCAAGGUCACAGUCUCCACGGCGACGGUCUCCAGUGAAGCGGGAGAGAAAGCGGAGUCACUCCCGCUCCCCGAGGCGUAAGCCCAGUCCCAGCAGCUCCCCUCCACCAACAGCCCCAGCCGUCACCCUGGUCAGUGUUACAUUGCCCCAGAGCACUGAGGAGCCAGAGCCAGACACCUCUGAGAGCGCCGUACCUGAGCCAGUCAUUCAGGAGGCCUCUUCCACCAGUGAUUUGGUGAAGCCGCACACUGUGGUUGUGGUACCUGACUCUGUGAUGAAGGUCAAAGAACCCUCCCCAGGUAAGGCUUCUAAAAAGGAGGAGAGGCCCAAGCCCAGGGAGAAGGACGGCAGGAGGGACAGGCCCCGUCACCGCUCUCGCUCCCAUUCCCGCAGACGACCUAAAUCGCGCUCCAGAUCUUACUCCCCACGCCGGAGGCCGAGCCCCAGGAGACGGAUGUCCCCUCGUCGCAGGAGCCCCCCCAGACGUGGCCCCCCAGGCCCCAGACACAGGCGCAGUCGCUCCCCUGUCCGCAGGCGGCGCUCUCGCUCCCCAUCAUCUUCUGGGAGCAACUCCUCCACGCCUCGCUCACCUCAGAAGGCCAUGAAGAGAACGUCAACCACACCUCCCAGGAAACAGCCCCGCGGCCACGCAGCUGAUCCCUCCCUCAGCCCCUCCAGGAGAAGAGCCCCCAAUGGUAGCCCCUCUGGGAAGGCCCGACGCUCUGCCUCCCCUCGGGCUAGAAAGGGCCGGUCCUCAGCCUCCCCGUCCAGAUCAGCUGGUUCAAAGAAGAAGCCAGGAUCAAGGAAUGAUUCACUGUCUCCUGUUCCAAAACCCAGGCAUUCUGAGGCAUCGGAAUCAGAGGGCGCUACCGCAGAUCCUGUGCAGCAGCGACGUCAGUAUCGCAGGCAGAAUCGGGAGACGUCUUCAGAUACUGGAUCAUCCUCCUCAUCAGAGGACGAGGGGUCCAAGAGGCCGGGCGGGGGGCCAGCGGCAAGGAACGGGAAUGUCAGGAGGAGGCGCAGCCGCUCCCCCUCCUCCCCCAGGAGACGACACAGGGACUGCUCCCCCCGAAAAAGACGCUCCCUCUCUCCUGGAGGACGUAGAUCUCCCCCACGCCGUCGCAGAUCUCCCUCUCCUCCUCCGAGACGCAGGUCUCCCUCUCCACCUCCUCGCAGACGCUCCCCCUCCCCCAGGCGGUACUCUCCCCCCAUCCAGCGGCGCUACAGCCCUACUCCCCUGGGCCCACAGAAGAGAAGGCUAUCAGGGUCUCCCCCUCCCAAACGCCUUUCCCCGAUGCCCAAGCGCCGUCCCUCCAGGUCCCCGAAGCGCAGGAGUCCCCCUCCCCAAAAGAGACGCACACCUCCCCUCCCCACCUCUCCCCCCCGACACAGGAGGAGCCCCAUGCUCCCAUCCAACCGGCCAGGCCGGGACACUCGCUCCCCCCCUGCUGUUCACAGUAACCGCCUCUCCCCCUCCCCUGCCAACCGUGGUCGGGCCAUGCAUGGGUCUGCUAGUCCUCAGGGGUGCUUUGACUCCUCGGGCACCUCUCCACCUGGCCAGAGGCGCCAGGUGUCCCCCUCACACAGCAACAGGGCAAUCCGCAGGGUGUCCCGGACACCAGAGCCCCGCAAGAACCAGAGAGCCUCUCAGAGCCCCCAACCUAUGAGGAGAGCGUCAUCAAGGUCCCCGUCUGGUUCUCCUAAACCAGGAGCCUUGAAGCGGCCGGCCCCAGCCUCAGGCUUCCCCUCAUCGGGCUGCUCGCCAUCAGCCCCUCUGGCCAAAAAGGCCAGCAGCGGCUCUGGCAGCCCUUCUCCAAACAAGAAUUCAGACACCGAGGCUGGAGGAAAGAAAAACAAGAAACAUAAGAAGGAGAAGAAACAUAAGAAGGACAAGAAGCACAAGAAGCACAAGAAACACAAGAAGGACAAGGGUGGAGUGCCGGUGGCUGCUGGGGAUGGCCAGGAGAACCUGGGGAUGGAAGGGGAUGUAGACUCCGACCUUAAAAAGGAAUCAGACAGUGAAGUAGAAGAGCGUCUGGACGACCUGGAGAAGCACCUGCGAGAGAAGGCACUGCGUUCCAUGAGGAAAGCUGGAAAGCUGUCCCCGCCACUGUCUUGAAGCCCGACCACACCCCUCCUUCCUCCUCAAUCUUCCAUACACUUUAUUUUAUUUGUCUUUAACCUGGUUCAGCUUUAGAAUGUACAAAUUGUUUGUUCUUUAGUUUUGUUUUUACAGGUUUGCUCAUCUAUUGACGGAUGUUUUUUAUCAAGCGCUUGAAUUGUCACACUCGAUCUUCCAAUUUAAUUUUUUCCCGUAUCUUUGACCCAAAAUGUGUUAUUGCUUAUAUCCAAUGUAGUAUCUUUGUUUGAUCCCUCAAUUUUCAAGAUAGGAUCUUAGAGGGGAAGUCUUUCAUUAUGAAGCUUGCAUUGUACAAGCUUCUACAUCUCUCGUUCUAUAACAUACAAAAUAUUCAACUGUGGUAAUUUAGGAUUGCAUGUGCAGCCAGCGAGUCUCUCCUCUGAUGUGCAUGAAAUGGACUAAACAAAAGCAAAUGCACAGAUUAAAUCUGUCCCUUUUGGCAGCGGGCAUUAUAUGGUGCGGGAAUGCUGUUUGCUCUCUAAAAUGGAUAAGUUGGAUUUUCCCUUUUUUGUUAUGUAAUAGAGGUGUUUGACAUUGCAGUAAAUUCUGGCUUUGAAAAAGUCACGUUUAAAAAGAACUAGACCUUUUUUUCCAUGAUUCUAAUGGUCUCUGACCUCACCAGAGAGCAGGGGUUUGAUUUCCCACAUGGGUUGAUAUGCAGUCAUACUUUGAGUUCAUGCUGGUCCACUCUUUUGCAUUAAGCCUUUCGUUGCUGUGGAAGUGCUAUUUGACUUGUAUUUAAAAACUCCUGCAUUUGUCAUCCUUUCAAAAUUAAAAUAUGUUUUAUAUAAAAACUGAUAA